UCGAUGUGAGUAUGGAAGCUUUUUAAAAUCUAAAUUAUUUCGUUACUUUGUAUAGCACAACUAGCAAGUACGAACGCAUUUAAAAUUUGUGUAAAUUCUCUUUGGGGACGUUAUCGCUUGAUUUCUCCUUUGGUUUCAACACUCAUUCAUGUGCGACCAAGUAUCGUCGUCACCCGUCGCAGAAACAGUAUUACUAAUGUCGUCCAACCGGGAAUCGUCGCGUCGAGACUCGCUGACGGCUCAGGAAGAAGAGACGCUCAAGUAUGGAGCCGAGCAUGUCAUUAAGUUGUUUGUGCCCGUGUCCAUGUGCAUGCUAGUCGUAGUGGCUACUAUAAACUCGGUAACGUUUUACAACGUUAAAGACAUGUUUCUGGUGUACACGCCGUUUCACGAGACAAGCCCCGAACCGUCCACCAAAGUGUGGAACGCACUGGCCAAUUCGGUAAUCUUGAUUACGGUCGUCAUUGUGAUGACCGUUUUUCUUAUCUUGUUGUACAAGUAUCGAUGUUACACGUUCAUUCACGGAUGGCUCAUCAUGUCUUCUCUGCUGCUUCUGUCCAUGUUCACGAGUCUUUACUUUGAAGAAAUGCUACACACUUACAAUGUGCCCAUGGAUUAUAUAACGUUUCUUUUGGUCAUCUGGAACGUGGGCAUGCUCGGCAUGGUGUGCAUUCAUUGGAAAGGCCCGUUACGCAUUCAACAAUGUUAUCUAAUAUUCAUUGCCGCUCUCAUGGCGUUGGUGUUCAUCAAGUAUUUGCCCGAGUGGACUACGUGGGCGGUACUGUUGGUGAUAUCUAUUUGGGAUUUGGUGGCCGUGCUGACGCCGAGGGGACCGCUUCGCAUACUCGUGGAAUUGGCCGAAGAGCGCAACGAGCAGAUAUUUCCCGCAUUGAUCUAUUCAUCGACCGUGGUGUACAUGAUGAAUCGUUCGGACAGCACCAACACUACAGACAGCCAGAACGGAUUCACAGAGACGUGGGUUGAAAAUCACGGACAGCCGCAGGAACAAGACGUCAGAGUGUUUAGACAGCCGAUGGACGAAGACGAGAAAGGGAUCAAACUGGGCCUCGGAGAUUUCAUAUUUUACAGCGUUCUCGUGGGCAAAGCAUCUUCGUACGGCGACUGGAAUACUACUUUGGCUUGUUUCGUAGCCAUUCUCAUUGGACUAUGUCUGACACUUUUGUUGUUGGCAAUAUUUAGACGAGCACUUCCCGCACUGCCUAUAUCGAUUGCGUUUGGACUUGUGUUUUAUUUUGCUACUCGAGGAUUAGUCAAGCCGUUUGCAGACAUGUUGGCUUCACAACAAGUUUUUAUAUAACACAAUUUACUUUUGUAUUAAUAAAAUAAUAUGUAAUCAACUAAUUUUUUUCCAACAAUUUAUUGUAUAAUUUUAAAACGGAUUACAAAAAAAAAAUAUAUACUCACCGUUUAGUCUUAGUUUUCAUUUAUU